GAGGCAACGGCGGUGCGAUUCUCACUGUUAAAAGAAGACAAGAAUGGAAGACUUUGAUUUCGAUCUCAUUGAGUGCCAGUGAGAGCUAGGGUUUGAUCUUUCGUUCUUGGAUUUUUGAGGGGAUUACGAGUACGAGUACGAGUAGUCGAUCGAACUGUGUGGAUCGUGGACGGCAUGGACGUGGAUUCCUUGCCGUCGCUGAGUAGAGCUCCGUCUCCACGGGAUGCUAUCUUGAAGAGACUUGCUCAGCGUGGAGUUCCACAGGAAUAUCUUGAUCAGUGUCAGCCAGGUCUGGUGGCGUUUGUCAGGGAAAAUAAAUCCUUACUUCCUGAGAUUGUAUGUUGCAUCUUGCCUUCUGUCAGGGAUAUGUCUGUUGCUUGGAGGAAGGAUAAGCCAGAGACUGCAAUAGAGCAGAGGAGAGCUAAACUGAAAGCUUUGUUUGAUGAAAGCCUUUUGUGGAUGCAGUGGCUUAUGUUUGAGGGAAAACCUCAUACAUUUCUGAAGAAUUUGGCAGAGAAAUCUUCUGGUCAACGGGCAGUUUGUGGAGCUGUUUGGGGACAGAAGGAGUUAGCUUACAAGUGCCGGACAUGUGAAUAUGACCCAACUUGUGCAAUAUGUGUCCCUUGUUUCCAGAAUGGUGACCAUAGAGGUCAUGACUAUUCAAUUCUGUAUACUAAUGGGGGAUGCUGUGACUGUGGAGAUGCGACUGCUUGGAAACGAGAAGGAUUCUGUUCGAUGCAUAAAGGAAGUGAGCAAAUUCAACCUCUUCCUAAUGAGAUGGUACAUUUCAUUGGACCUGUCUUGUAUGAACUUUUUUUAUUGUGGAAGGAUAGGAUUUUAUCAGUGGAAUACUUGAGGCUGCCGUUGAGCGAUGAUAAUCAUGCUAAUGUGCAUGGGGCUCAUGAGUUCUCUCUAGCAAUUAUAGAGAUGUUGCUUGGCUUCUGCAAUUCCAGUGAGGGCUUGCUCAGUUUUGUUGCUAAACAAAUGGUUACAUGCGUUGGUUUGUUAGAUGUACUUUUGAUGGGGGAGAGGUUUUUGGACAAAUUAGUUGUGAUGAAGCUGCUUGAGUUACUCUUGAAAUUUAUUGUGGAGCCGCUUUUUAAGUAUGAGUUUGCAAAAGCUUUCAUGAGAUACUAUCAGAGAAGUGUACGAGAAAUUAUAAAAGAGAAUACUCCUUGGAUGCUUGAGGACUAUCCACUGCUAUCUCCUCUUUCUGUGCAAAUAUUUACUGUGGCUACAUUAGUACCUCGUCUUGUCCGAGAAAUAAAUCUGUUGGAUAUUUUAUUGAGUUGCUUAGGGGAAAUUUUUCGUUCUUGUGUUGGAGAAGAUGACAGAUUGCAGGCCACGAAGUGGGAAAAUCUAUAUGAAUUUACAAUUCGUUUAAUUGAAGAUAUUUGCUAUGUUCUCAACCACGAAGAAGUUCUCCAAUAUGUUUCUAGAGAACGGGUUGAUAUCUUACGAUCUUGGAUUAGGCUCUUGAGCCUCCUACAAGGUAUGGACUCUCAGAAGAGAGUUAGAAGUGUUCACAUAGAGGAGGAAAAUGAGAAUUUACACCAUCCAUUUCUGCUAGUGCACUAUCUUGGGAAAGUCCAUGAUCUACUAGUUAAAGGUUUCUUCGCUGUUGUUGUAUCCAAAGAAAGGGAGGAUGACAUUUUCUUUCCCUAUGUUUCUCAUGGUCUAGAAGAUGAUCAUACACUUUGUCAUGCUAAAAGAGGGAGGAUUUCACAAGAAAGCUUUGUUGGGAGUUUGAGUAGUGGGAAUGUUAUGGAUCAUGACAAAAAUGCUGAGGAUAUGUCUGAAAGAUACAAUUAUAUUUCUGUGCCCUCUUGUGGGAUUUGGUUAAUAGUUGAAUGCCUAAAAGCUGUUGAAAGUUGGGUUAGCCCUGUGACAGCUAAUAGGAGCAAUCCGUUUUCUAUGGAUGCUAUGUGUAGUGGUGGCUACAAGGUCACGAAUUUGAGGAAGAAAAAUUUCAGGAUCAAGAAGGGCAGUAGCAGUAAUAGGGUCUAUAGGACAUGCUUGUCUAGAGAGGUAAUGGAUGUGGACCAAGCACCAGUAAAUCAUGCAACACUUGGCUCUCCUCCCAUGCAAGUGAUGACUACUGAAAACAGAGAAGCAGUAAGCCGAUGUGGCAGCCUUCUAGACAUCACUGGCACAUCUAAGACAUUGUAUGAAGAUGGGUGUAUGAGUGAACUAUCAGAUGACAAUUCUAUGUUGACUGACUAUAUAAAAGAGUCUGAAACACCUGAUGUGUUGAGCUUCGGAAAUUGGCCUGAUAUAGUCUACGAUGUUAGCUCACAGGAAAUUUCGUUCCACAUUCCUUUACAUCGCUUGCUUUCAAAAUUAUUUCAAAAAGCAAUGACAAACUGUUAUGCUGGAAUGCUGGAAAUGACAAAAGGUGUCUCUUUAUUACCUUCAUGUGUAUAUCAUCAUGAAUUCUUUGGUCAAGUUUUAGGGGGUUUUUAUCCUCAUGAAUUUUCUGCCUUCCUCAUGGAGCAUCCUUUGAGGUUGAGGGUAUUUUGUGCUCAAGUGCGUGCUGGCAUGUGGCGUAAGAAUGGUGAUGCAGCCAUAUUGAGUUCAGAGUGUUAUCGUUCUUCCAUUUGGUUAGAUCAAGGUUUGGAACUUGAUCUUUUUUUGAUGCAAUGUUGUGCUUCUGUAGCUCCUCCUGAGCUAUUUGUUAAGAGGAUUCAAGAAAGAUUUGGGUUGUCAGAUUACACUUCUUUAAAUCUCACAAAGCAUGACGAGUUUGAAGCAGUUUUGGUGCAAGAAAUGCUUAUUCUUAUCAUACAGAUAGUUAAGGAAAGACGAUUUUGUGGGCUUUCUACAUUUGGGUAUUUAUGCAGAGAAUUGAUACACAAGUUAGCUGCUGGCGAUGCAACACACAGCCAAUUGCUAAAAACUAUACCUCGUGAGUUCUCAAAGAGUGAACAGCUUCGUAAAGCUUUGGAUAUGCUUGCGAUGCAUUCAAACCCUUCUGGCAUGAAGCAGGGAAAAUACUCACUACGAGAACUCUACUGGAAAGAGUUGGAUCUCUAUCAUCCUCGCUGGAAUUCUAGGGAGUUGCAAAUUGCUGAGGAGAGAUACGGACAUUUCUGCAAUGUUUCUGCUCUGAAUGUUCAGCUACCUCAAUGGUCUGAGAUCUAUUGCCCUUUAAUUACAGUUUCUACAAUAGCUACUUCAAGAGCAGCACUCCAAAUUAUUCGAGCAGUACUAUAUUAUGCUUUGUUUGCAGAUGUUUCAUCUGCAAAUCGUGCUCCUGAUACCAUUGUUAUAACAGCAUUGCAUUUGCUUGCCUUAGCAUUGGAUAUCUGUGGAAAAUCAAAUCAGGUCUCUGCUGGAAAUUCUGAACAUAUAGAUUGCCAGUCAAGUACCAAUGCUUACUGUUACUCUAAAUACUUGCUUCUUGUACUGUCUUUUGCUUGUGAAGAAUUUGAUGUGGGUCCUAGUGAUGGUCCUCCUUUCUGGAAAAACCAAAGUAUGCUCUCUUUGCUAGUUUCAUUAAUGAGGAAGUACAGGGAAGGAAAGAAUAAGCAAUAUACUGAAACAAGGCAGUGUAAUAUCUCCUCUUUGAUUGAAACCUUAUUGAAAAAGUUUGUACAACUGAGUGCUGCAUGCAAGGCUGAAAUUAGAAAAUUGGAGCCAGAAUUAAUCUAUGACAUUUCCCAGCAGCAUUCAAAUACAGCAAUGGAGAACUCUGCAUUAGAUUCUGGCUUUCAGGAACAGAAAAGCAAGAUUCGAGAGCGUCAAGCUGCUAUAUUGGAAAAGAUGAGAGCUGAACAAUCAAAAUUUAUAGCUAGCAUGGCAGGCUCAUCUAUUGAUGAUCUAGAAUUUUUGGAAUCCAAUCAGGAGGCCUCCAUGGCUGAUGAUCACUAUGUGCAGGAAGAGGACAAACAAAUGUGCUCCUUUUGCAGGGAUCCGGAUUCCCAAAGACCUCUAUGUUAUCUCAUUCAUUUUCAGACAUCAAAAUUAACAAGUUUUGUUAAUAGAGGUCCACUAUCAUGGGAGGAGGAGGAUGACAAAAUUGCUGAUGCUCAUCUAAUUGGGAAGGAUGUCCUUGAUAUUCUAUCUGGUGCUGAUUCUACUAGUGCAGUGCAUUCAACUCAUACUACUGAUCUGGAGUUUGCCCAUGAUAGCAAAGGUGCCCAACCUCCAAAUGAUGCAAAUGGUGCAGUGACUAAACUGCCCCUAAAGAUGGUUGAAUUUGAUAUUUAUCAAUCUGUUGAAAGGCUAAUUCACGGGGAAAAAUCCAAUCCAGAUUUUUUAGAUGGUAAUAGUUUACAUUCCUGUAGUACUGAAGUUUUGGAUAAGGGGAAAAGUGCAGAGUUUUCUCUGGUCGGAGAGUAUCUUUCAUCAUUAUCAAGAGGGGCAUCCAAGCAACAUCAAUCUUCCAUGUAUAACCUUCUAGGUCGAUCAAAUACACUGUUGAACUCUCCUAAUCCUGCCAAUGUACAUAAUGGAGUUGGUUCGGGAGAUUUUGAUGGAAUUUAUAUCUCCUCUUGUGGUCAUGUUGUGCAUCAGGAGUGCCAUGAGAGAUAUUUAUUGUCAUUGAAACAACGGUCAAUUAGAAGACUUGGUAUUGAAGGAGGGGAGAUUGUGGACCCAGACAUGGGAGAAUUACUUUGCCCAGUUUGUAGAAGAUUCGCAAAUUCCAUCCUGCCUGCGUACCCAGUUUCUGCAAAUAAAGCGCAAAGGCAGAUAAUGCCAUCAACUUCUAGUGCAGCACCAAUUGUAAUCUCUUCAACUUGCAAUGAUAAGGUUUUACUUGUUCAGCUUGCUCUUACUCUUCUUCAAAGCACUGCCAAAUUGGUUGGACAUGACAGGUUUCUCAGACAGUACUGUGGAAAUCUGGGUGGAACUACUGAACUGGUAUUAGAGCCUGCUGUCCACAAAUUAUGCCUGCUUCAAUAUCCACAUAGUUUCGGUAGUUUGACAGCAUCUGGCAGGCUCAGGCCUUCUCUGAUAUUAUGGAACACUCUUACAUACUCCCUCAUGUGCUUAGAAAUAGCUUCUCGUGAGAAGAUAAAUCCCCAUUCUGUUGAUCCUAACUCUUGCCUAAAAUCUUUAUACAACGAGCUUCAUUCUUCUAGUGGAUCCAUAUUGUCUUCGUUACUCUGUAUUUCUCAAAAUUCUCGUAGUAUGAAUGAUCUUGAAGUGCUUUUGAGGUUCAGAGCCAUCCAACUUUUUUCAGGAUCCAUAUGCUCUGAUGUUUCUGAUGAGAUCAAUUUAUUAAAUGAAGGUUCACAUGCUUCCCUCCCAGAACAAACCAACCAUGGAGAAACCUUUCCUGACACACAAUUCUGGAAGCAGGCUGUUGAUCCUAUCCUUGCUUAUGACCCUUUUGCUUCACUGAUGAUGGUUCUUUUUAGCCUUCCACUUCCAUGUUUAUCAUCAACUGAGUUCUUCAUGGCUCUUGUUCAUCUUUUCUAUGUGGUUUCUGUCAUUCAGGCAAUGAUUACAUGCUAUAGCAACUGCUACUUUGAUGUAUCUUGCUUUGGUGAUUGGAUUCUUAAUGAUGUUUGCGAGGUCAUUGGAAGAUCGGAACUUGCACUGAAGUAUUUCUUUUCAGACUGUAUAGAUUCUUCUCUGUAUCCAAAAGAUAUGAUUCGUAGGUUAACCCUUCGCAUACUGAAAGGUGUGCAUUGCUUUUGA